GCCGCCCCCGCCCAAUAUCGCCACAGUUUUGGAACACAUGGUGAAAAAGACGUCACUGUUCCCACCGCUCAGCGACGCGUUCAAGAAGAGAUUGCACGGUGAACUCCAACCGAAAGGUGAAGAAACAGCCAACACAUUUGGGUAUGCCCACAACCGCUUGCAGCGCAUCGUCCACUCCAUGGUGAAGGCCCUUCAGAUGGACCCAGGGACGUCCGUUGAGCGUUGGAACGCGGACGUCUGGAAGAAGGCAAAAAGUUGGGUGGAGAAACGCCAACAAGAAGCUGGCGUUGACAUCGACGAUUGUCUUCGCAUUCUUCUCGAUGCUUGGUACGACGAGGCUAAAGCGGCAUGGGAGGCAACGCAGAAUGGCACCCACAGGCUGGACAACGUGGUUAGAUAUUCGCAGUCAUCGGGCAGUGGCGCCGCUGCUCCCGAAGUGGUCCCGCCCGCGCAGACGCCCAUUCCCAAACCGCGACCUGAUGACUGGAGGUCCAUGUUCGCAGGUAGCCUGUCUAAGUCUUCUGCUUUCGCUGUCUUGGAACAGUGGUUCGGGAUCGACGGCGUCGUUGCGAGGAUCACGAAUGUGAACCCUGAUUUCGUAAGGGAGUACCGGCAGAUGCAAGAAGAUAUCGUCAAGUGUCACGGCGCGAAGGCUCAGCUUGAGUGCUGGUUGCAGAAGGCGGACCUGGACAACCCGAAAGCUGGGACGCGCAACCAGCUGUUCGAGGCAGUGGAAGAUAGCAAGAGAAAGUGCGUGGCCUCGCAUAAGGUCGUCCUCGAACAUCUGGACAAGGCAUCAACCAUUCGACAGGAGACCCUCGCCAUGGUACAGGACGAAAGGCGGUCCCAAGAGCUCCGAAAGGCUCUUGCCGACGCCAACGUGGUUAGCAACGAGAUGCUCCACAGCCUCACGUUGCGCAUCAAGGGAUCCAUGGUUGUCCUCUUAUUCUAUUGGCGGAUAUUCAAGCGCAUCGAGUGCUACAUGAUGUUGCUCCGUUUCUUCGCCCCUGGGCAAUCCGCCAUGCACGUAAAAAUUGAGCAACAGUGGUCGAAAGCAAACCAUGCUAUUGCAGGACACUGCCUGGGUCAGAGGGAGGGCGUGUUAGCCGAAGACAACAAAGGGGACCCAGAGGUGCUCGUAGCCGUAAUUCGCGCUGGAGUGGCAGACUGCGAAACGCUCUUGUCUGGGUGCGCAACAACUGGGCAGCCGUGGGACGUCCGACACGCUGUGGACCAAGCAGAGCACAUUUGGGACGAUUACGAAGCCGUUCAGGAAUAUUGCAACAUUGGGCCCCCGAAAACAUUGUACGACAAUUGGGGAAAGCACGAGCUCAUUCGCAACGAAUUCGUGGAGAAGAACGAGCACAUGGUGAAGGGUGUGAACGCUGUGGACUUUCAAAUCUGCGUGAAUGAGCCGCGGUGCAAGCUCUGUGCGGAGAUCGCGUUUCCCCGCCAGGUGGAUCCCAAGGUCGUCUUCCAGGCGCUCGAGGCCAGAGCACAACGAAAAUACGGGGCUUUGGAUCGCGAGCUGAUGGAGGUAUCGAAAGUGGUGCGUUGCAGAAUCGCUGCAGACGGGCAGCGGCAAGUGCUCGUGCAAUACACCGACGCCGCCGCACCGGACGAGUGGAUUCCAGAGGACGCGCUGAGCACUGGCUGGAAGAAUUCGCUGACCCCGUGCAUGGGCGCGGUGGUUGCAGCAGGGCUGCAGGAUAUCAUGUCGUUCAAAUGGGUUGGUCAGAAAUUUAUUGCGACCAUCCCAGGCACACCCGAGGUCACCAGGGAGUCUGAAUCCAAAAAGUGGCGCGGGGCUGACAAGGCUCAGGCUGCUGCCAUCAGGUGGUGCUAG